AGACCAGCAGGCCCAGCCGCCGCGGUGUCUCUACCCGCAAAAACGCCCGCUUUGACCUAGAGCCCUCUGCAUACCUGGGGCAGCCAAGGCGCGGAGGACAGCUCCGAGGCCAGAUGUUUGCUGCCCAGAUGCCCGACUUUACACCGGUGGGGCGGGCUCUGCCGGGCGCUGGGGGAAGCGCCCCAGAUUCACUCAGUUCACCCACCUUCCAGAGAGCGAAAUCAUGGAGCCUUCUAAGACCUUCAUGAGAAACCUGCCAAUCACACCAGGCUACAGCGGCUUCGUACCAUUCCUCAGCUGCCAAGGAAUGUCCAGGGAGGAUGAUAUGAACCACUGUGUGAAAACCUUCCAGGAGAAAACACAGCGCUAUAAAGACCAGCUGCGGGAAUUUGGCUGCUCAGUGGCCACUGCCCCGAAACUGAAGCCUGUCAACUCUGAGGAGACGGUCCUGCGGGCCCUGCACCAGUACAAUCGGCAGCACCACCCCCUGCUCCUGGAAUGCAAAUAUGUAAAGAAACCUCUCCAGGAGCCUCCAAUCCCUGGCUGGGCAGGCUACCUGCCGAGAGCCAGGGUCACUGAAUUUGGCUGUGGCACGAGAUACACUGUCAUGGCCAAAAACUGCUACAAGGACUUCCUGGACAUCACAGAGCGGGCCAAGAAAGCACAUCUGAAACCGUAUGAAGAAAUAUACGGAGUUAGCUCCACAAAAACUUCUGCUCCUCCUCCAAAAGUUUUGCAGCAUGAAGAGCUGCUGCCAAAAUAUCCCGAUUUUUCUAUUCCAGAUGGAAGCUGCCCUGCCCUUGGAAGGCCCCUGAGAGAGGACCCCAGAACUCCGUUGACAUGUGGCUGCGCUCAGAGGCCAAGUAUACCAUGCAGUGGGAAGAUUUACCUAGAGCCACUGUCCUCCGCAAAGUAUGCAGAAGGCUAGAAGCGCAGCGUCUCCCAGGGAGAGGUGAACUUUAAGUGGGGCUUCCGAAACCUGCCGUUCUCGUGUUGGAAUCAUGUCCAAUGAACAAUAAAGACAUUUAAUAACAAGAAUUUUUAAACUGCCGCCUGCAUCCUGAGUGGUUGACAGUCACAUGUCAUUAAUGAUAAAGACCUUUUUUUUUUUUUUUUUUUGUCAUGUGGGAAUAAAGAGGCUGCUUCCCGCA